CCUCUUCCUCUGUCUCCCUUCCCCCCACACCGAAAGCAGCAGGCAAGCGCACCACCAUUCUACGCUCUGCUCAGCUUUGCUCGAAACUCGCCUCCACACACGCCCACAAUGGCGGCUUCAGUAGCUUGCUCCUUCUUCUUUGACGCGGAGCUGCUCGCCGAGCCCGGCUUGCCCGCGCUGGACGCGUGCGCGCUCUGCGCCAAGCCGCUGGCGCGCGACAGCGACAUCUUCAUGUACAAGGGCGACACGCCCUUCUGCAGCGAGGAGUGCCGCGACGAGCAGAUGCAGCUCGACGCCAUCUCCGCCAGGCAGGCCGCCCGGAGGCAGCAGCGGUUCUCGUCGGGAACGGAGGCCCGGCGCGGGCACCAGGAGUCCAGGAAGGUGUCCGUCGCGAGCUAGCCGGCUAGGCUCGUCGCCUAGUAGAGUAGAGCCCGGCUUGAAUCAAUGGGAUCUCAAGAAUCACCGAUCUGGCGAGACGAAGGAGACAGAUAUCUCCGGUUUGUCUCGCCUGAACCGGAGAAGCAAUGAAGGAUCUGAAAAAAGUUCAUGUGCUGAGGCUCCGGCCAUCUGGGUCGCCCGCUGGACGCAUGUUUGUUUGAGGCUUUUGAGCCGCGCUUGGUGCAGCACCAUAUGUAAAUCGGAACCACUUUGAAUCCAUGUUUGGACACAAUUUUUUGCCCACA